CCGGGCGCGGGGGGCUGGAAGACGCUUCCGGAGAUGUCCACGCCGCGGGGGUACCUCGCGGUGGCGGCGAAGGGGAGAGGCGACGGCGCGCUCGCGAUCGGCGGGAGCGACGGUCGCAACACGCUGUCCUCGGUCGAGGAAUACACGACGUCCACGAACGAGUGGAGGGUCGUCGCGUCGAUGACGAAACCGCGCAUAUGGCUCGCGGCGGCCACCGUCGGCGAGCGCACCUACGCCGUCGGCGGGUUCGACGGCGCGGAGUACCUGGACCUCGUCGAAGCGUACGAUCCGAACGCGGACCAGUGGUGGGGCGUGAAGCCGCUGCCCGCGCCCCGGCGCGACCACGGCGUCGCGGGGAUCGAGCACCGGCGCUGCGUCGUCGCCGCGGGCGGGUACGACGGGCAGAGGUACCUGGGCGACGUGGACGUGUUCGACCCGCGCGCGAAUCGGUGGACGUCGGCGGCGCCGCUUCGCACGCCGCGGCAGCUCCACGGGAUCGCGUCCGCGGGCGACGAGGUGUACGUCGUGGGCGGGUUCGACGGGAAGGAGGGGCUGCGGAGCGUGGAGGUGUACGACAUGCGGGCGGACCGGUGGAAGGAGCUGGCGCCGAUGAGCGGCGUCAGGUUCGGAGUCGGCGUCGCGGCGUUCUAG